GCCCUGGUGGGACCGUUUCUGGCGGAAGUUUCCUUGGGGGAAGCCAAACUGGAUGGACUACUUCCGGCGGAAGUUCAACGGGGAAACGGGAGCGGGAGGACGCUGGUGGCGGUGCGGGGAGGGCGGGCACCAGGUCCCGGUCCCGGUCCCGGUCCAGCCAUGGACACGGGCUCCAGCCCGGCCCCAGACCCUGAUCCUGAUCCUGGUCCCGUCCCAGCCACGGACGCGGACCCCGGCCCGGUUCCCGACCCGAACACGGAGGUGGACUGUGGCCCGGACCCCGACCCCAACCCGGAGACGGACCCCGACGUGGAGGCCCUACCCCGGGGCGGGUUCCGCUGCCGCCUGUGCCAGGUCUCCGCAGCCAACCGGCCGAGCCUGGUGGAGCAUCUGCGGGGGAAGAAGCACCGGCGGCUGCGGAGCCUACGGGCCGAGCGUCGGGCCCAGGAGCAGCGGAGCCUCUUCGUCAGUGGUUUCGCCCGUGGCACCUCGGGCACGGAGCUCGCUGAAUAUUUCCGGGCUUUCGGAGAAGUGGCGGCCGUUGUGAUGGACAAGGAGAAGGGCGCCUAUGCCAUUGUGGAGCUGCGGGAUGCCGCAGGCCGGGAGCGGGCAUUGGCGGAGCCCCAGCACGGGUUGGCUGGACACCGGCUCCGUGUCCGUCCUCGUGAAGAGAAGGUCUUCGCCUAUGGCCCCCCAGGACGUGGCCCCCGCCGGGAGCCCCUCGGCCCGGGCCGGCUGGAGCAGGCGCUUUGCCAGGCCUCAGAUGUGGAUGCCCAGAUGUCGCAGCUGGUGGGGCUGCUGGAGCUGAGCGAGGACGAGCGCCGCGUACGGCACCUCCUGGUGACGCUCUUCCAGGAGGUCUUCACCGAAUUCUUCCCUGGCUGUGCCGUCAUGCCCUUCGGCUCUUCCGUCAACGGUUUUGACACCCGUGGCUGUGAUCUAGACUUGCUUCUGGACCUGGAGCCGACCAAAUCCCUCCAGGCAUCGACACGAGUUGCUCCUGGGGCCGGAUCCAGCUCCGGCGCUGAGGAUUCCAUCCUGAGCGAUAUCGACCUGGCAGCGAUGCCAGCGCCGGAGGUGCUGGAGCUGGUGGCAACAGUGCUGCGGCGCUGUGUGCCGGGUGUACGCCGCGUCCGGGCCGUACCCACCGCCCGCCGCCCCGUCGUCAAGUUCUGCCACAAGCAGUCGGGGCUGGCGGGCGACAUCUCCAUCGACAACAGGCUGGCGCUCCUCAACACGCGGUUCCUGCAGCUUUGCGCCGAGGCGGACGAGCGCGUGCGGCCAUUGGUCUACGCGGUGCGGCUCUGGGCCAAGCAGCAGGGUUUGGCAGGAAACCCCUCUGGGGGUGGACCCCUCGUCAACAACUACGCCCUGACGCUGCUGGUGCUGUUUUUCCUGCAGACGCGCAGCCCCCCCGUGCUGCCUACCGUCGCCCGUUUGCGUGAUUUGGCAGGGGAUGAGGACCACGCCGUUGUGGCCGGGUGGGACUGCAGCUUCCCACGGGAUGUGGCAUCGCUGGAGCCCAGCACCAACACCGAGAGUCCCUGCUCGCUGCUGGCUGAGUUCUUCCACGUUUUUGGGGACUUCGACUUCCCGGGGCAGGUGAUCUCACUGCGGGAGGGCCAGGCGCUGCCGCUGCCGCCCCCCACUGCCCCCGAGACCAGCGAUGGGUUGAAGCUGGGACCCCUCAACGUGCAGGACCCCUUCGAGCUGAACCACAACGUAGCGGCCAAUGUCAAUGAGAAGACGGCAUUGCGUUUUGGGCGCUGCUGCCGCGACGCAGCCAAGUAUUGCCGCAGCUUGCAGUACUGCCACAAAUCCAGCAAAGGCCGGGCCUGGGGACUGACGCGGCUCUUCCAUCCAGGCGCGGUGGAACCAGGGGCAGCGAGCGCCGGCGCUUUCCUUAUCUCUAUUCCCUUGGACGGCACCGGCCGCAGCUCCCAACAGCUCUGCCAGGAGCCCGGUGGUCGGGGCCCCUGGUUCUGGGAGGUCUGCGCCGCCAUCGCCUUCAUCUUGAGAGAUGUCCUCAAGUGCAGCUGCGCCAUGGGGAAGCUGCCGAGAGCUCCUAGUGAGGAAUCCAAGCUCCCAGUGGACUCAGCGCCAUCUGAGGAGCUGCCUACGGAAUCAGACGCGGAGGAGCCAUCGGCAGCAGAGCUGUUGUCAGUGGGCUCCAAGCGUCACCUGCCCAAGGCGACAAAUGGCACCACGCUCCCGGCCGAGAAAAGACCGCGGACGAACGUCCCCAAGGAGGCAGCAAACUGGAGCUGCACCGUCUGGCACCGUGUGUGGACGGGCCGACGCCGCGUACGCCGACAGUUGCAGCAUGGGGAUGGCCCCGAGGGGCCGGAUGGCGACUCGCUGGAGCUGGAGCAGAAGGUGUCGGAGGCCAUUGUGCAGCAAGAAGGAACCAAGCGGCCACUGCAACCGCUGCUGCGCUUCGAGGCCAGUGCCCGGGCAGCCGGCACGCGUCAGGAGAUGCGUGUGCUGCUGCGCCUCGUCCCUUCCCCAGUUCCCCCCAGCCCGCUUUUCCGGGACUUUUUCCACUUCUUGCGGAGUUUUUUGCCUGCCACAGUGCGACGACGCCUGGGCCAGGAGCCUGCGGGGUGCCCAGAACCCCAGGACGGAGGGGGCGGGGAGGCGCUGCCCGCGCUGCUGCCGGGCUCGGCCUUGGCCGGAGGGAGGGGGCGGGGCGGAUGCAAAUUGCCGUGCGCAGCGCGCCCAUCGCGUUGCGGCGGGGAAACGGCGAGGGGGCGUGGCGCAUGGGAGCCGGAGGCGGGGAUACGCAAAUUUGGGCACCCACGGGCUCCAAAGGGCGGCCCGGGAGGCCCCGAUGAGGAGAAGUCCGGGGGUCUCUCGGGGGUCGGUGGUCCGAAAAUCCGGGCGAGAGAUUGCGGGACAGUGCGGGGAAGGAUCGGGGAGGGAGCGGGGCUGUCGGUGCGGGUCGGUGGAUCGUGA